AUGACACGGAAAUUCGAGACCUACACCUUCUCGAACUCAAAGUUCUUCGCUGAUAGAGGGCCAAAGUUUGGUGUAGCUGAACCCAUUACGGAGCGUAUAAACCCUCACUCAAAGCCUAUUGUAUCCUACUAUGCGCCGAAAGGUGUUGGAGAGCACCAUUUCGGUGAAAGGCAUCCUAUGAAACCACACAGGAUGACUUUGACAAACUCUCUUGUCAUUGGCUAUGGUCUGGAUAAGCAGAUACACAAUUGGUAUAACCCUCGACCAGCCACGCGAGAGGAACUUGAGACGUACCAUGACCCUGCUUACAUCGACUUUUUGUCCAAAGUCACUCCCAACAAUGCAGACCAGAUGAAGGCGAUGAUCGAUCAAUUCAACUGUGUCGAAGACAACCCUAUUUUCGCCGAUAUGUAUGACUUCUCACGGAUGUACGCCGGUGGCUCGUUGGCCGGCGCAAGGAAGCUCUGCGCAGGAACAACCGAUAUUGCCAUCAACUGGUCGGGCGGUUUGCAUCAUGCGAAACGCGGCGAAGCUAGUGGCUUCUGCUUCGUGAACGACAUCGUCAUAGCUAUUCUCGAGAUGCUUAAGUACCACCCGCGCGUCAUGUACAUCGACAUCGACAUUCACCACGGCGACGGUGUCGAGUUCGCGUUCUACCACACCAACCGUGUCAUGACGGUCUCCUUCCAUAAGUACACCGGUGACUUCUUCCCCGGCACCGGCAAGCUUGAUGACAACGGCGCCGGCAUGGGCAAACACUUUGCGUUGAACGUGCCGUUGAAAGAUGGCAUCGAUGAUGAUAUGUACAUCGUGCUGUUCAAACAAGUCAUCAACGACGCCGUCGACCACUUCAAGCCUUCUGCCAUCGUACUGCAAUGCGGCGCAGACUCACUCGGCCUCGACCGUCUCGGCGCAUUCAACCUCAGUAUAGCGGCACACGGUGAAUGUGUCAACCAUGUUCGAGCUUUCAACGUGCCAUUACUGGUGCUUGGCGGUGGAGGCUACACCGUGAAGAAUGUCGCGCGUUGCUGGACGUACGAGACGAGCGUCUUGACGGGCACAAAGGUGCCCAACGAGUUGCCUAUGACGAUCUAUGACCCACAAUUCGCCGAAUCGGACUACAAGCUUCACCCAAAGCUCAUCGGGACGGUCGACAACUCGAACACGGCGGGGAGUUUACAGCGUAUCAUGAUAUCCAUCCGUGAGAAGCUGAGGUACCUAUCGCAUGCCCCUAGCGUUGGUAUGCAGGAAUUGCCCCCUGGGCUUGAGGAGUGGCUGGCGGAGGAGACGAAGACUCCACUUGAGCGCGAGGAGGAGGAACACGGUACGGCCCGUACGGGCGAUUCCCGGAGUGAGGACCGCACAAUGGCAAAUAACGAGUUCUUCGAUGCCGAGAUGGAUGUGGACCAGGACGAUAACGUGUCUAUUGACGGUCCCGUCGAGAGUAAGCCGCCUUCUAAGGAGGCGCCGGUGGCUAGCACUCGUGGGAGAGGACGUGGUGGGAGACGGGCGCGUGGACGAGGUCGUGGGCGCGGACGAGGUCGUGGGGCGGCUGCGGCGGGUAAGGCUGCGAAAGAGGGCGAGGUUGACGAGAGCGAAGAGUCCACAAGCGAUAGCUCUGAUCCCGAGCCCACUCCGGCGAGGCGAGCAAGGGGACGAGGAAGAGGGCGUGGUAGGGGUAGGGGGCGAGGGCGAGGACGGGCGCAUAAAACUCCCGAAGAGGUUGCCGAGGACUCAAGUGAUGAUGACUCCAACGCGAAGGAAAGAUCACCCAUGGGUGCGGCGGAAGAGGAGGAAGACGGACCCGAGGAAGAAGGCAUGGAUGAGUCUUGA